AUGACACAAAAUGCAAUCGCUGGAGCGAUGGCAGGAAUCGGUGAGCAUUGUAUCAUGUAUCCUGUCGACAGUAUACGUACAAGAAUGCAAGUACUCUCUGCUGCAGAGUUAAAUACUGCGGUUAAGAACGCGUCUAAACAAUAUUUACGUGGACAACAACGUCAUUUAUGGAAAGGGGUAUAUUCUGUGGUGGUAGGGGCUGGCCCUGCUCAUGCGAUACACUUUGCAACUUACGAAUUCUGUAAAGAAAAGUUCAAUCGAUUUUUCGAUCAACAACUUAAUUUGAAAAGCCCCAGUGACAACAAUAAAUCAAUUGUGAUAUCUCCACAACUGCUGGCUUCAGGAACUGCAGGCGCUAUUGCUACUUUUGCCCAUGAUGGUCUCAUGACGCCCUUUGAUGUUAUAAAGCAAAGGAUGCAAAUGCGCGAUUCAGUAUACCGAUCUGUGCGCGAGUGCGCAAAAACAGUAUAUCGCACCGAAGGAUUGAAAGCAUUCUAUAUUAGUUUCCCAACAACAGUAUCAAUGUCAAUACCAUUUCAAUCUGUUCAAUUUGCUACCUAUGAAUAUUGUAGGACAUUGCUAGAUCCAGAAGGAACAUACAACCCGAAAGCACAUAUGUUAGCAGGUGCUAUUGCAGGCGCGGUGGCGUCGUCAGUAACAACGCCAUUAGAUGUGGUCAAAACACUGUUACAAACAAAAGGGUCUUCGAAUGACGCUCAAAUCAAAAACACCAGCGGGUUUAAAGAGGCAGUUUCAAUUAUUUACAGCAGACAUGGAGUGAAAGGAUUCUUUAGAGGAUUUAAGCCACGUGUGCUGACCAACAUGCCUAGUACAGCCAUCAGUUGGAGUGUAUACGAAUAUUUCAAAUGGUUUCUAGCAAGCAAAUGA